AUGAGAGAUUAGAAGUAAUCACACACUUACUUGUUCUUCGAUUCGUUUCUGGGAACUAGCUCUGAAAGAACAACGAUGGCUAUGGCCGCUUUGAAUCAGCUUUUCUACGUCCUCGCGACAAAACCCGAGCAGGAGAAGAUAACGCCUGAAGAGUCUAGUGCUAUUAUCUCUUGCCAUUACAAAGUUUUGUGGACUGCUAGUUUUGCGUCUGGUGUAGGGGGAGGUUUAACUUGGCAAGUUACAAAGAAGUUGAAAAAGCCGAAAGGACUUGAGAGGAUUGCUCUUGCUACUGGAGUGGCUGCUGCGACUUUUGUUGUUGCUUGGAAACGGGCAAGUUCCAAAAAUGCAGUUUCAUGCCUUGAUCAUAUCCUUAGUCAAGAUGCAACACGAAUGCAGAAAGAGCUUGUCAAUGUCUUAGUCAGGUCCAAUAGAGGUGAAGAUUGGAGGUGGCAACUUAUGUCCAAGCAUUUUUACCCCGAAUCUGUUUACGGUGAUGAAGGAGACAAACCUCAAAUGCGUUGGCGUAGACGAACCACUUUCACCGAAAUUGCCUCUUCUUAUGAUGAUGUCAUUGCAACCAAAUCUCAGAGAAACCCCAGUGGCUUACCAAACCCUUCUCAUCGAAGCAUUUCCAAUGGAUCUGAUGCUUCAAAGACUAAACCGAUGCUCCAAAAUAGCUCUGGAAACUCAGAUGGCGAAAUGCCGGAAGAAGAUGUUCUUGACAUUGUAUUUGGUGGUUCAGAACCAACAGAGAGCAUUCCUGCGCCAGUUAUUUCAAAGGUUGCUAGCAAAACGCAAACUCGCAAACAGAAAAGAGCUCAACGGAGACAGAGGCUUAAAAACCGUGAAGCUUCCACAAAUACUCCUCAGUAUGAACUUGCAUAGAGAAAACAAAACAAUUAUGCUUCUUCUGCUUUAUGUUUAUCACCAUGUAUUUGUCUCUUUAUCGAUGGUUCCAAGUUUUAAUCCCAAUUUGUCAUUUUGAAUCCCAUUUUAUGAAGGAUGAUUAUGUAAGAAUAUUGUUAUUGAAGAUGAUAAGAUCUUUUCAUUGUACCUUA